AAAUCGCAAUUCCCAAUGCCGCUGGCGUUUUGUUUCCGAUUGCUCACGGCUGUUCAGGGGAAUAAAGGCCCGUCCAAUGUGACCGUGAUCGAGUGUGCGUCAACUUCAGAGGCGGCGGCGGUAAUAAUAAUAAUAAUAAUUGUUCCUGCGCCACUCGCUCGGGUCACUGUCACUCCGAGCCCGGGCCUGCGGCCUCCCGUCGCCGUGGCAACGCCCGCCCGCCCGCCCGCCGGCUCCAGUCAGAGGCCGGGGCCCGGCCGCUCUCGCGAGGGAGAGAUGUGUCAGCAAGAUGGCGGCUGUAGGUUGUGAGCGGCAUCGGUGAGGGGAGAGAGAGAGAGAGAGACACACACACAGACGCUACUCAACAGACACGUCGACACAAGUGUGCGAGCGCAGACCCAGCCCGUUGGGGCUGUCCGGCGAGUGCUGCCGCCGCCGUCGUUGCUGGCCUGAGAUGAGCCCAGAGAGCGAUCGGGCUGCGUGACCGACCCUCUGCCGAGCUACUUGCUGCCAGCGAGAGGGGAGGAUGAAUCUUCAUCAGGUCCUCACCGGCGCCGUCAAUCCCGGCGACAGCUGUUUCUCAGUGGGCAACGUCGGCGAACAACCAUUCACGGCCUAUGCCUCUGGAUGUGACAUUGUCAUUUUAGCCAGUGAUUUUGAAAGACUUCAAAUUAUCCCUGGGGCCAAACAUGGAAACAUUCAAGUUGGAUGUGUCGAUUGCUCCAUGCAGGAAGGAAAGAUUGCAGCAUCAUAUGGAAAUUUAGUUUGCAUUUUUGAGCCUAUUCCCCUUUUAAAUCGGGAAAGUAAGCAUUCUACGCUGAAUUAUCAAUGGCAAAAAAGUGGACAGUUUGUAUUGGAGUCAAAGGCGCAUAAUUUAGCAUGGGAUCCUCAAGGAAUCCGUCUUUUGACGGGCUCCAAUUCUUUACAGCUCUGGGCCAACGAAAAUCAAGAGAUGGAUAUAAAUGAAGAGGAAGCUACAGAUGGGACAGAUCCAAAUGAAGUUAACAAUUGGCAAUGCAUCUGGGAAUCUGAAACUGCAACACCCAUCCAUCUAUUAAAGGUGUCUCCAGAUGGUGAAUUUUUUGCCACUGCAGGAAAGGAUGAUUGUCUUGUGAAAGUGUGGUACAAUUCCAGCAGCUGGCAGUCAGCAGUGAUGACACCAAUCACCCCAAUGGACAAAGAGGAAGACGACAUUGAUUUUUCCUUUGUGUAUUUAGCCCAUCCUCGGGCUGUGACAGGAUUCUCUUGGCGGAAGACCAGCAAGUACUUGCCAAGGGGCUCCACAUGUCAUGUCUUGCUGACCUGCUGUAAGGACAAUGUUUGUCGGUUAUGGGCAGAGACAUUACUACCAAGUGAUAGUUUGCUUUCUGGUGAGGGCUACACCCAGUGGUCUGAAUCUGUUACUGCAAGCAGCAACCUCAAAAGGAAUAUUUCCAGUCGGGAAAAGUUGAAUAUUGGACCAUUUCGAAUAGGCAGGAGGAGGUCAUCUGGCCUUGUUGCACAUACUGGGUAUUUACCAAAUCAACUAGAUGCACAUGAACUCCAUAGGAAUGUGCCCCUACAUGCAAAUUCACUUUGUCAUUUUCAUAUAGCAGCCAGUAUUAAUCCAGCAACAGACAUUCCGCUCCUGCCUUCCAUCACUUCAUUAAGUUUAAGUGAAAAUGAAGAAACUAAUGGACCCUUUGUAGUCCAUUGGCUAAAUAAUAAGGAGCUGCAUUUCACCUUGUCAAUGGAAGUAUUUUUGCAGCAGUUGCGAAGAAGUUUGGAGCAGCCAUCUCCAGAGUCUGGAAAUGAGGAAUUUGGACAGAUGGAGAACCAAUCUGAUGAAGACAAAGAUGCUGGGGAAAAAACUUCUUCAGAUGUGAUGGUAGAUCAUAAGAUCGACAUGCUGUUAGCUGAAUGGAACAAAAAUGCAGACAUGCUCUUCAGUAUUCAUCCUAUGGAUGGCUCUUUAUUGGUGUGGCAUGUUGACUGGUUGGAUGAAUAUCAACCUGGGAUGUUUCGACAAGUGCAGAUUUCAUUUGCCUCUCGGAUUCCUGUUGCAUUUCCGACUGGUGAUGCAAACUCUCUCAGCAAGAGCAUAGUUAUGUAUGCCUGCACAAAAAAUGUAGAUAUGGCUAUUCAACAAGGGAAACAGAAGCCACAUGGUCUGACUCAUUCCUCAUCUGGCAUGUUAAUUUCUGCUGGCCAUAAUAAAUCAUCUGGGAAUCUAAAACUGAGUAUCUUCACACCUAAUGUGCUCAUGAUCUCAAAACAUGCAGACGGAUCCUUGAAUCAGUGGGCAGUCAGCUUUGCAGAAGAAUCUGUAUUUUCAACAGUCCUUGGUGUAUCUCAUAAGUCUCGUUACUGUGGCCAUCGCUUUCAUCUGAAUGACUUGGCUUGCCAUUCAGUUUUACCAUUACUUUUAACUACUUCAUACCACAAUGCGCUACGAACACCGGAUGGCAUGUGCCUUUACAAUGAUGGAUGGAGCUUUGACCCAUUACGAUGUAGCAGUUCGUGGUCAAGUAAUCAGAGGGAAAAUACCACAGCAGCUGCCUUCCAGGAUUCUAAUUCGAUAUAUAGUGAACUAAUUUUGUGGCGAGUUGAUCCUGUCGGGCCAUUGUCGUAUUCUGGAGGGGUAUCGGAGUUGGCAAGGAUCAAUUCUCUGCAUGUUUCAGCCUUUUCAAAUGUGGCUUGGCUGCCAACUCUAAUCCCAAGCUACUGUCUAGGUGCAUACUGCAACUCUCCUAGUGCAUGUUUUGUGGCAAGUGAUGGACGGAACUUACGAUUAUAUCAAGCUGUUAUUGAUGCUAAAAAGCUUUUGAGUGAGCUUUCUAAUCCAGAAAUCUCUAGGCUUGUUGGAGAGGUUUUCAGUAUUGUGAGUCAACAGUCCACAGCAAGACCAGGCUGCAUUAUUGAACUGGAUGCUAUCACUGAACUUUACGGGAAAGAAACACAAUUGCUUCAUGUCUUUAAAGAGGAUUUUAUAUUAGUUAAUCAAUCCAUGAAAAGGCAGAAAAAUGAAAGGAGCGGAACAAACAAAACAAGUCCACGGCAGGAAACAGAAAAGCCGCAAAAUGGAUUUUCCGAAAAAUUCUUUUUGGUAGUGAUUGAGCAUAAACAGAACAGCCAAUCGCUAUUGCAUAUGUGGCAUUUACACCUGAAAUCCGAUCCAAUCUCCAUUGAUCACUCCACUAAGAAUUCUUUGGUGCCUCCAGAGGAACAGAAUGGCACUUCCUCUGAAAAGAUAUAUUCACCUUUCUUCAAAAAAUAUCAGGCUUGUAAAGCAAAUUUACAAAGCGCCAGUCGACUUGCUCUCAUCUCAACAAGAGUUUAUAGCCGAGAGUUACCUCUGCCAGAAGGUGUUGAAAUUAUUCGAGCCACUCCCUCUGCAGGGCACCUGAGUUCCUCAUCAGUUCACCCAGCAUGUCUUGCUCCGUAUCUUCUGGCAACUUCCUGCACAGAUGGAAAAGUUAGAUUCUGGCGCUGUAGAGUGUCAGCUCUUCCGAUGUCUUCUGCAGCUGGAGAUGGUGUGGAGAAUGAUCUAGUUUAUUCUUGGGAAGAAUGGCCUCUGCUGAUUGAAGAAGGACUUCAGAACAGCAGUGCAGUUACCGUACCAGGAAGGCCUGUGGAUGUUUGCUGUUCAUACACAAACCGGCUGGCUGUGGCUUACAAAAAGUCUAUUCCAGUUCAUGAACAUUCCAGUAAGCACUUCACCAUGCAUGUGGGUAUAUUUGAAUGUGAAUCAACUGGAGCCUCUCAAUGGAUUCAUGAACAAACAAUACACUUGGAUGACUUUAGUCAAACAGGUCCAAUUUUGGACCCAAGAAUCAGCAUUGAUAGUAACCUAGUCCUUCAUAAUAAAUAUCGUUUACAUUUCAGCAAUGAUUAUCAAAUGACAUUUGAUGCAAAACCUUUGGUUCACUUAGACUGGGUCUCCAAGGAAGACGGAUCACACAUAUUAACUAUUGGAAUUGGAUCUAAACUUCUAAUGUAUGGGCAGGUAUCUGGAAUAAUACAAAAUCAAACAAAGAAAGAAGCACCAGCAGUUUUCUCUUUGUCUUUAUGGGAUAGUGCCAAAGAAGUAUCUCAAUCCAGAUGGAUUCUUCUCAGAAGUUUGGAUUUGGUUUCCUCAGUGGAUGGAUCAUUAUCGCUGCCAGUUUCUCUGUCUUGGGUGCGUGAUGGUAUCUUGGUUGUUGGUAUGGAUUGUGAAAUGCAUGUUUAUUCACAGUGGCAGCCUCCUGACAAAAGUGAUUCAAUGAUAACUGAAGCUGAAAGUGCCAGCAUUCCUUCAAUGGUUAGUCUAGGAAAGUGUGCUAGUACAAAUGGAUCCAACCAAUAUCUCUACAAAAAAAGCCUGGCAAAGUCAAUGACAGGGCUGGCUCAAAAAUUUGGUGGCAGAAAGGUUCCAUUUCAUUGGAAUAUUGAGAUGGAAGACUCUGGCCUUUUUGAAGCUUCUCAUGAUUUAUCUCCCACACUACCACAGUACCACCCGCUGCAGCUUUUGGAGUUAAUGGACUUGGGUAAAAUCAGGCGGGCCAAAGCCAUAUUGUCUCAUUUAGUUAAAUGUAUUGCAGGCGAAGUAAUCACUGUUAGUGAUACUGAAACCAGCCAUGAGCGACGACUCCGAUCUUUGACAAUUAGUGCAAGUGGCAGCACAGCCAGAGAUCCUCUAACUUCAAACAAAAGUGAAAAUCCUGAUUACACAGAAAUAGACUCCAUCCCUCCUCUUCCUCUCUGUGCACUUUUAGCUGCUGAUGAAGACAUUUCUCAUACGACCUUUGAAAAGAAAAUCAAUUGUGCAAAUUUUACAAAGAAAAAUGAAAGGCAUUCAACAGGAAACAACUAUGAUGAACUAUUUGCAAUGUCAAGUGUGGGUGCAGAUGAUCUAAAUAGUUUUGAUGUUGAUGAAGGCAAUAAGCAGAAGGUUAUUGACCUUUCCCAGUACAGUCUUACCUACUUUGGUCCUGAACAUGCACGAGUACUAUCUAGCCAUUUGCUUCAUUCCAGUCUGCCUGGUCUUACCAGUAUGGAACAGAUGUUUUUGAUGGCACUGGCAGAUACUGUGGCCACCAUCAGCACUGACAUUGGAGAAAGCAGAGAGAGAACCCAAGGUGGAGAAACACUUGAUGAAUGUGGCUUAAGAUUUCUUUUAGCAAUGCGGCUACAUACAUUCCUAUUAACAUCACUACCACCUGUUUAUCGAGCACAACUUCUUCGACAAGGUUUAUCUACAUGUCAUUUUGCCUGGGCCUUUCAUUCAGAAGCAGAGGAGGAGCUGCUGAACAUGAUCCCUGCAAUGCAAAGAGGAGAUCCCCACUGGUCAGAGCUCAGAUCAAUGGGAGUGGGGUGGUGGGUGCGCAGCACAGUCAUUCUUCGCAGGUGUAUAGAGAAGGUUGCCAAAGCUGCAUUUCAAAGAAACAAUGAUCCUUUGGAUGGAGCUAUAUUUUAUCUUGCAAUGAAGAAAAAGGCUGUACUCUGGGGCCUAUUCAGGUCCCUUCAUGAUAAAAAAAUGACAGAGUUUUUUGGAAAAAAUUUCAACGAUGAUAGAUGGAGAAAGGCUGCAUUGAAGAAUGCGUUUGCGUUAUUAGGGAAACAGAGAUUUGAACAAGCUGCAGCUUUCUUCCUUUUGGCUGGUUCCCUAAAGGAUGCAAUUGAGGUUUGUCUUGAAAGACUUCACGAUAUUCAGUUAGCACUUGUUAUAGCAAGAUUGUAUGAAUCAGAGUUUGAAGUGUCCUCCACUUACAAGUCUAUACUUAUAGAAAGGAUCCUAGGCUUUGAUAAGAAGAGCAAAGAUUUUAACCUUUCUUUAAGAAAUUCUGAUCCUGUAUUGAGAAGUAUGGCUUAUUGGAUUCUGGAAGAUUACACAAACUCUCUGAAUACACUAUUGGAGCAAGGGACGAGAGACGUCGAUGAUUCUGAUGGAGUAACAGUUCCUAAGCUCUCCGUCAUUUGCCAAAGUUUGACCAACCUACGGAUAUUCAAGGUGGUGUUUGCAUGUCCAAGCAACAUUGUCUCAUCUGAAGAAUUUUUAAGUCCUUCAGAAGAUGUUAUAGCAGCACAACUAAAAUUUGGAGCAUGUUUGAAAAUACUCACAUCGGAGCUGCGUACUCUCUCUACCGGUUACGAGGUAGAUGGUGGAAAACUCCGCUAUCAGUUGAACAAAUGGCUCGAGAGGGAAAUUAUGGCCCUACAGAAAACGUGCAAUUACAAUGUUGCGGAAGACAGAAAAGAUAAUUCUGAAGGUCUCUGGGAUGAAUUACCCAAUGAAGAGCAGAUGGAAAAUGGAGUCAUUGACCAACAAAGGACAUUACACCACCAAGAGUAUUUGCAAAGAAGGCGGCUGUGGCUUUUCCAAAACCAGCCGCUUCUAAGGAUGUUCCUUAGUUAUUGUAGUCUUCAUGGAUCACACGGUGGAGGUUUGGCAUCAGUCAGAAUGGAGUUGAUUCUUCUUUUGCAAGAAUCUCAGCAGAUCCAUGUAUUGCACACUAUUGCUGCUUCGCUGUCGGCAUGCCUCUACCAGUGUCUGUGUGAUGGCCACAGUAACGGUUCUUUGUAUGCAAACCAAUUCACUGGAAUGGUCUAUCAGAGUUUUCUGUUUACACGGCAACGAUUAAACAGAGCAGCGAGUUUAGAUUGCUCAGUGACUCCCAAUACAUCUCCUGACCAAUGGCCAGGAAUAAAGGAACUGAUUCAGCUCUUAAAUUCAGCUGGAGAUGAAGACAAGCCCAAAUUAACAGUUCUACUUUGUGAGGUGUUGACAGCAAUUUAUCUUAGCCUUUUUGUUCAUGGUUUGGGAACUCAUUCCAGUAAUGAGCUGUUCCGUAUCGUGACUCAUCCCCUUAACAGUAACAUGUGGGCUGCAAUUUUUGGUGGAGGUGCACAUGUACCUGCAACGGACCAAAUCCAGGCCACAGCUACGACAGUAGAAGCGUUAGAAGAGUUAUCUGAUCCAGAGCUGCAGAUUGAUCCCUACCAUUUCAGUAUGUCUGAGGCUGAAGUAGUUAAGGUUACUGGUGAGGUUGCUCCCACUGAUGAGAACCAUGUCAGCCAUUUUAUGAGCAUAACGCCAAGACCAAUGAUCAGAGAUUCUGAAACAGCCUCUCCCAACCAUGCUUCUCCUGAUGUAAACCAGAGGAUUCCUGUUUAUAAAGAGAAUUUUAUCCCACCAGAGCUUAGUAUCUGGGAUUACUUUAUUGCAAAGCCCUUCCUUGCCCCGUCACAGAGCAAAGAUGAAUAUGAUUCAGACGAAAGCCAAGAUAGUGACGAUGAAGAUGAUGCAUUUUCUUCAGAUGUACAGCUUCAAGAGCAUUCAAAUCCUAAUUCUUUCAGCUGGUCACUGAUGCGAUAUGCUAUGGUGCAGUUGGUGCUGCAUAAAUUAAAGAACUUUUACCCAAUGGCAGGCCUGCAUCUUUCAGAACUCCCGGUUUGUUCUCCUUCUUGUCAUGCAAUUUUAAAGACACUUCAGCACUGGGAACAGGUACUACUUCGACGACUUGAGUUAUUUGGUGGUCCACCUCCAGACUUCAUCUCAAUGCAUGCCAAUGAAGGCACAAUAUCUUCAGGUCCUGCCCUUCUCAUCCAUAAAGUGUUACUAGAACCGACAAAUACGCCAUUCAAGUCAAAACAUCAUACUGCACUUCCAGUUAAAAGACUUUGGCAGUAUCUUGUGAAACAGGAAGAGGUGCAAGAGACUUUCAUUAGAAAUAUUUUCACCAAAAAAAGAUGUCCAAAUGAGUCAGUAGACAACUCCAAUGAAAAAGUCAGAAAUUCUAUGACGGAGGAACCUAGCAUCAACAAGAUGGAAACAGAUGCUGGUUAUCCUGGUGGUAGAGCGAGGAUUGUUCACAAAGAAUCGGACAUCAUUACAGCAUUCGCAAUAAAUAAGGCUAAUAGGAAUUGCGUUGCCAUCGCCACCAGCCAUGAUAUCCAAGAGCUGGAUGUUUCUGCAAUCUUGGCGACCCAGAUUUAUGCUUGGAUUGAAGAUGAAUUUGAACAGGAUUCAAAAGGGUAUGAAAAAUCAGAUGAAUUCCUGGUGGUUCAUGCGAGAGAGGAUUUUGGUGAUUUGCAGUGCAGCACUCCAUAUACCCCCAGUGUUCCUGGCAUCCCUAUAAACAUGCCAUGGUUAGGCAGCACACAGACUGGAAGAGGAGCAUCUGUGAUGAUAAAGAGGAAUAUGAAUAAUGCCAGGAGAAUGGCUUCACAUCCAACACUACCUUACUAUCUGACUGGUGCUCAAGAUGGCAGUGUUCGGAUGUUUGAAUGGGGCCACUCGCAUCAACUAGCAUGCUUUCGACCUUCUGGUAAUUCUAGAAUAACAAGAAUCCGAUUUAAUCAUCAGGGUAACAAGUUUGGCAUUGUAGAUGGAGAUGGAUAUCUGAGCUUCUGGCAAACAAAUCCAAUUGCUUUAGGAGCCACUCCAAAACCUUAUUUGACUUGGCAGUGCCAUAACAAAACAGCAAAUGAUUUUGUUUUUGUUAGUUCCUCUACUUUAAUAGCUACGGCAGGGCAGUCUAGUGAUAACAGGAAUAUCUGCCUCUGGGAUACACUUGUGCCACAAAGUAAUAGUCUCAUUCACGCAUUCACAUGUCAUGAAAGUGGAGCUACUGUGUUGGCAUAUGCAUCAAAGCAGCAGCUUUUAUUAUCUGGUGGAAGAAAAGGUUUCAUCUGUAUACUUGAUCUACGCCAGCGACAAUUACGUCAGACGUUUCAGGCUCACGAUUCGCCUAUUAAAGCGAUUGCUGUGGAUCCAACAGAGGAAUACUUCAUUACAGGGUCUGCUGAGGGUAACAUGAAGAUUUGGAAUUUGUCCACUCUCAACCCGAUUCAUACAUUCUCAAAUGAGCAUGCUCGACAGUCGCUCUUCAGAAACAUAGGAACAGGGGUCAUGCAAAUAGAGACUGGUCCGGCAAAUCAUAUAUUCUCCUGUGGAGCUGAUGGGACAAUGAAAAUGAGGAUCCUGCCAGAUCGCUUUAGCACAGGAAGUGGAAAAUUGGAUAUCUGGCAAAAUGAUGUAAAAUUUAUACUAUAACAAUAUAAAUGAACAAUUUAUAUUAUUAUAGUGAUACUAUCAGCACAAUCCGUUGUAACUUAAAUCUACCAAAAUAGUUGUUUAUUAAGAGUGAAACAAACACUGGUGCCACACAUAGGAUAGGUGUUGGGCUAAAGUGUGGGAGGGGGGGGAGUGCUUAUUCAUUUUUAAUUAAUGCACUGAUGCCUUAAGAAGAUUGGACACUUAAGGACUUUGUUAAUAGUUGGAAGGAGGAAUUGAAUCUCUAUGUGUCAAAAUAUGAGAAUGAAGUGAUUUUCUUGUAAAACAUGGUAAAAUAUAUUUGCUGCUAUAAAGCUUUUUGUUGAAACUGGUUGCUGAUAUUUUUGAAGUGUCAAAAUGUACAGUGCUUUAAGAAGUCAAAGUAUAAGAUAUAAUAAUUAUCUUUUUUAUGCUUGUAUUAAAAGUUUAUAUAUGAUAUAAAGUUAUCAUUUGAAUUGUGACCAUUCCUUAUUUUUAGCUGUAGGAAGUCCCUGAAAUACAAGCUAUAAAUAGAUUUUGCUUAUCUUCAUAUGGGAGAAUGCAACUGGUGCUCCAUACUGGCAAGGGAGAGGGGGAAACAAAUCUUGUACAGCAUUGUACUGGAAAAUGAAAGGUACAUUUGUAAAAAAGAACAUUUGUGUUGUGCUGGAGCUAGAAAUUAUCUACUGAAAUUUAAAUAUUCCUUACAACACAACUAUUAUAUUUAAAUUAUUUUCUAUCUAUGUGCAAAGUACAUACACCGAGAGGGCAUCAAAUAAAGCUCUCCUUUCACUGCUGCUUUGCAUGAGCUCACCAAUGGAUAUGUUGCAGUUGAGCUAGGGUUGCUCGGCAUCUGAAAUUACCAAGAUUAGUAACUCGUGAUGUGGGGCAAUCAUGAGCACAACUGCAUCCUACUAUCUAGUUUUGCAAUGUGUUGAUCCGUCUGUAAAUGCUUUUAAAUGUUUCAGCCUACACCAUGUGAUUAAAACUCCAUGCAGUUGGGAAUGGUGAGAAAACUGCUAACCACUGCACCUAAACAGUAACAUUCUGAAGGUUUUAUCUGAAGAAGCAUGCUAAGGUGGGCAAGAUUUAUGAUGUCCAGAGCUCAAAGUUUAAAAAAAUUGUAUCUUUUUUAUAAUCAAAUGUUUAAAUGCAGUACUUAAUGGAAAAUAAGCCAAAACCAGAAUAAAGGCUGCAGCCUUCCUUUCUAUAAACCAGAAAAGUCAAAGUAAAAGUUGCGUAUUUAUUAUCUGAUUGUUAAUUAUCUUAUGAAAUGAAGAUUAAAUGCUGAUAACUUCAAGGAGUGACUAUUUCUUUAAGAUAAAUCUUAAGCCAAUAGUCAUCAGAUUUUUGUAUUUACCCUUGCAUAUACUACCAUUCACUAUGAUCAGCCUUGUUUUUUGAAUGCAAAAGGCACUUUUUUUUUUAGAUGUUUCUCAUCCCAUGCUAUGUAUCCAUUAGCAGAGAAAGCAGGGUGACAUGUUUUUUCUCGACUCGGAUCAUUCAUGCACCACUAAAACAUAGGUGUAGGGAAGCUGCCCAGUAUUAAUUGAACAUUCUCUCUUCACGUAAGUAUUCCCAGAUUGUACUGAUGGAGCUGAUUGGAAUCAGGUCUUCAGUACAACAUCUUCAGCAAAUUACUUAUUACUUUGGUUUUUAAAAGGUAAUUAGGACCAAGAAAGGCAACGUUAUAGUACUUUUUUCCCUAUUCGAUGUCUUUUAAGGAUAAAUAUAUUUCUAGGUCAACCUAAUUUGUUAGAAUUAGGGAAUUGCACAACUACUGUAUAAUCAAACAGCAACCAAAUUAUUACCAAGUCCAUAUAUCAAAUAUGCAGCAGUACAUAGAACCUUGCACAGUUGGAAAUUUCUCGUGUUCAGGAACACAGAAUUAAUUAAAAGACAUUGUAAAAAGUAACUAUUACUAUUUCAUGUCUAAUCAAUAGUGGGAAUAGCUAUCUGUAAGUAAAGAUUAUAACAUUCACCUUGGUGAAUGGCAAUAAUUUUUGUGGAGCCGGUAGCCUGGGUAUAGAUCAGAAAAUGUAUAGCUUGGAAAAUGUUUUUUGCAUAGGGUUCAUUUUUUUAAUGUUUAAUUGACAAAUGCAACAGUUGUAGUUAGUAUAAAUGUAAUCUUAGCUGAUCAGUUUAAUGAGAUUUAUUAAUUUCAUUGGUUACAUAAAUCUGUGUUUGUGGUUAGCAAAAAAAGUAUUCUGUUCAGACAUUUACAUUUUUAUCCAUAUUGAAUGGCUUAUUUAGAAACCUUGUUAUUUUUUUUUGUUAUAAACUCAGGAUAUAUCAUCUUUAGAAGUGUUUUAGUACAAUUAAAAUUGUAAAAGUGAAACAGUUUACCUGUCAGAUAACUUUAUUUACUAGAAAAUAGAAAAGAAACAGAUCUUGAUCAUUUUAAUUGUGCAAUGAGAAAUACUAAUUUUAUUAAAACAACAUUUAUGAAAACUUUGGAAAUCUGAAGAAACAAUUUGUUCUUUUGCAUUUAUAUGAAAUAUUAUGUAAUAAUUGAUUUGAAAGAAAGUACAGCACAAGUUAAUCAUCAGGUAAUUCCUGAAGUACAAGAAUCUCCGGGAUGAACACAUUUUACAAGUAAAAAUUAACCUUUUGCUUUGAAACAAAUCGAAAGAGAAGUCUGUAAUCCCAAGUAACAUUACUGGUGUCUGACUUCUUGCCUUGUCAGAAGCUGCUUUACUGAAUUCUCUUUAAAAAUGUCAAUCUUGUAUUUAAAAUUCAUAAUUGUUUCAAUAAAAUAGCAAUGAGAAUCAA